GCUUAGAGGCGUGGCCACCUCUUUAGCUUUAAAUGCCGCACACGUCCACAGACAGGUGUCCUAGAGGUGGAGCAACCUGCCAGAGAAAUGGAGCGUGUGCUGUGUGUCCUAGCUGUGGGGCUGUGUGUGUGUGUGCUGGGACGGGUGACUGCAGAGACUUUGAGCAGCAGUGCCGUACUGAGAGCCAUCAGCGAUGCCAAAAAAGUCAUUGAUGAUGCCUACACUUACUCUCGUGCUGAGACUCUGAGGCGUGUGAGGAGGGGUGUCACCAAUCCAUCUGACCUCCUGCGUUUGGUGAAGCAGCCGUCUCGAGACGCGCGCUCUGCUGUGAGGUCAGCAGACUACCUGGAGUACACACUCCACCUCCUGAACCAGAGACACCACAUCCACAAGCGCUCACUCAAUGCUACAGAUUUGAUCAGCAGUAAGGAGCUGGAUACAAUCGCUCGUCUGACUGGGUGCGCUGCUCGUGUACGUCAACCGACAUGCGAGAGAAUAUCCAACUUAGACCAGUUCCGCACAACUACAAGUGUCUGUAACAACAGGAAUUUUCCCCGGCGUGGCUCCGCUGCAACACCCUUUGCGCGUUGGCUUCCAGCUGAGUAUCAGGAUGGCAUCUCCCUGCCACAGGGCUGGGACCGCAAUGUCCAGCGUAAUGGAGCCCGGCUACCACUGGUGAGGCUCGUUUCAAACCGCAUCCUUCGCACACGCAACGAAGAUGUGGUGAGCGACUCUCUCUACACACAUCUGAUCACGUUCUUCGGCCAGUGGACGGACCAUGACCUCACCUUUACCCCUCACUCUCCGAGCAUCCGCUCCUUCAAUAGCGGCAUCAACUGUGACGAGACCUGCGAACGCACAGAGCCUUGCUUCCCCAUUGGUAUUCCUCGCUAUGACCCUCGCUUUGGCCGCAGAUCUAAAGACUGCAUCCCUUUCUUCCGUUCCGCUCCGGCAUGCGGGACUGGCGACACCGGGCACAUCUUCGGAGACGCCACCGUGCGGGAGCAGCUCAACACCCUGACGGCCUUCCUGGACGCAGGCCAGGUGUACGGCGCCGACGAGAAGCUGGCGCUCCAGCUGCGCAACCGCACCCACGACGGCGGCCUGCUGGAGGUGAACGACCGCUUCACAGAUAAUGGCCGCGAGCUGCUGCCCUUCUCUCCUAUCAAGGACCUGUGUGCCAACCGAGAGGCUAUCACUGGGGAUAGAGGAGCUGAAAACGUGCCCUGCUUCCUGGCUGGGGAUGAGCGCGUUGACGAGAACAUAGGGCUGGCCUCCAUGCACACCAUGAUGAUGCGCGAACACAACCGGUUGGCACGUGCUCUGGGCCGACUUAACCCCCAGUGGACUGGAGAGACCAUCUUUCAGGAGGCACGCAAGAUCUUGGGGGCCUACUUCCAGGUGAUCACGUUCCGUGACUACUUGCUCCACAUCGUUGGCCCAGACAUCCUUAACGGAACUGAGCUUGGCCCUUACCCUGGCUAUGAUGAGAACGUGGACCCGUCCAUCGCAAACGUGUUUGCCACCGCAGCCUACCGCUUUGCCCACCUGGCCAUACAGCCCUUCAUGUUCCGCCUGAACGAGACCUACGAGGAGCAUCCGCAGUUCCCCAGCGUGCUGUUCCACCAGAACUUCUUCACCCCCUGGAGGCUGGUUUUUGAGGGUGGCAUCGACCCAGUGAUCCGUGGUCUGGUGGGCCGUCAGGCGAAGCUCAACACGCAGGACACCAUGAUGCACGACGAGCUGCGCGAGCGCCUCUUUGAGUUCCUGGGCCACGUGGCGCUGGACCUGGCUGCUCUCAACAUGCAGAGGGGGCGCGACCACGGCCUCCCUGGCUACAAUAGCUGGCGUGGCUUCUGUGGCUUGUCCCAGCCGAGCACGCUGGACGAGCUAGCCGAGGUCCUGAACAGCACGGAUCUGGCCCAGGAGCUGAUGGACCUCUACGGCACCGCGGACAACAUCGACGUGUGGCUGGGAGGAGUGGCCGAGCCGUUCGUGGACGGAGGCCGCGUGGGACCGCUGUUCGCCUGCAUCAUUGCCAGGCAGUUCCAGAAAAUCCGCCGGGGUGACAGCCUGUGGUGGGAGAAUGACGGCGUGUUCACUGAAGCCCAGCGUGCGUCUCUGCGCACGGCAUCGCUGUCCCGUGUCAUCUGUGACAACACCGGCAUCACCGACGUCCCCGAGAACCCCUUCGAGUACCGCCCACGCGGCUCUGGGUACACACGCUGCGAGGACAUCCCCGCCUUUGACCUACGACCCUGGGGGGAGAACGCUGGGGGCCCAAGCAACUGAUGGAUCCUCAGGCAGAGGUGGGAAGUAACGGAGUACAAAUAAUAAGAACUGUACUUAACUAGCAUUUUCAGCUAUCUGGACUUUACUUGACUAUUUAUAUUUCUUACAACUUUUUUACUUUACAUUUAAAGAAAUGUCUACUUUCUACUCGUUACAUUUUCAAAACUAGCUCAUUACUUAUAUAUGUUAAUGCAUUUGAGGCGAGUGAUUUACUAAAUUUGUUUUAUUGUUCAUUGUGCUCUCCAUCAACAUAUAGGCUGAUUUCAACCUAAAUGGGUGGGACAGAAAUGCAAAAAGGGGGUUGAACUGGCAGCUUCAGAGAUGGCACUUAAGGGGCAGCACCAAAACAAUGGUUACAUGAAAAUGAAUUCAGUGCUCCAUCAGAACAUGCAGAGAUGACAAAACACACAAACGAGGAAAUGUGUCCACCUUUUUAAGAAUUACAGGGGAGCUACACCAGACGCGUAACUGAAGCGUUCCGUUCGCGUCGCGUAUGUUGCAGCCGGUCGCAGCAGUUAAUUAUCACUGUAGUCAAUGGAAGUAGCUACACCAGACGCAACAGUGGCGCGUACAUUCGAAAAAAAUAGACCCAUCUUCUAAAAUGGAUUUUACGCGGCGCGAGCGGAACGCUUCAGUUACGCGCCUGGUGUAGCCCCCCUGUUAGACCUGAACUCAUGUGUGUAGGUUGAAUUCAAGAUGCAUGCUACAGUAUUUGAUCUGCUUUUUGUUUCUUUUUAUAUUUCAUUUUCUUUCUAUUGUAUUCAACAUUCUGUACUUGACUUUGUAAUUGAUCACUGAUUUUUUAUAGAUAAAUCGCAUAUUUUAUCACAUGAUUAAAAUUCUAUGAUUUUG